CCAAGUUUUCUCACUCCGGACUAGUUUUUGCCGUCGCUUCUGUGCUUAAAUUACUUGGCUUUGCGUUCAACUGCUGUGAUGAAUGCAGCAGUGGUAAAAAAGACCCAGGACACACUGGGCAAAGUGAUUAAGAAACCGCCUCUCACGGAGAAACUGCUAAGCAAGCCCCCGUUUCGAUACCUCCACGACAUCUUCAGUGAGGUCAUAAGGACCACUGGUUUUAUGAAAGGCCUGUAUGGAGAGAAUGAAAUGAAGUCAGAUAAUGUUAAGGAUAAGGACUCUAAGAUAGUCUUCCUCCAGAAAGCCAUAGAUGUCGUGAUGCUGGUGAGUGGCGAGCCCCUGGCAGCAAAGCCGGCACGCAUUGUAGCUGGCCAUGAGCCUGAGAAAACCAAUGAGCUGCUGCAGGCCAUCGCCAAGUGCUGCCUCAACAAGCUGUCCAGUGAUGAUGCAGUGAAGCGAGUACUUGCAGGAGAAAAGGUGGACAUGAAGACCAAGGCUAGUACCUCCAGGUCCCAGGACAAGGAGAAUAGGGAAGGACGUGAACGUCACCUGGAUAGAGAGGACAAGAAAAAGAUUACAGAGCGCAGUGGGAGCAGGGACCAGAAGGACCCAGACCAGCCCAAGGAGCAGGAAAGUCGACGUAGGGAUGGGGAGAAAGAGCACCACCGGGACAGGGAGCGUUCUGACAAGCACCACCGCAGUGAACAGGACCGCGGCAAAGACCGUGACAAAGACAAGAGCCGAGACCGGGAGCGAGACAAGGAUAGAGACAAAGGACGAGUUAAAGACAGGGACAAAGUGAAGGAUAGAGAGAGGGAUCGAGAAAGGGAAAAAGAGCGAGAAAAGACAAGAGAGAGGGAUUCCCACAGAGAAGGGGAACGAGACAAGGAAAAACGACGAGAGAGAGACAAAGAGCGGGAGAAAGAAAGAGAGCGUCACAAAGAGGGGGACGAGAGGAACAAAAGUGUAGAGAAUGGCAGUAGCAAGGCCAGAGUGUCAGAGGAACCACAGCAAAAACCCAGCCCUGAAGAGCCCAGCAAAACAGCCAAACCUGUGCCAGCUGAACCAAACCCAAGUGAAAAGUCAGACAGUCCAGCUAGAAUACCUCGGCCUUCAUCUGCCAAAGGGCAGAGGCGGAGACCCAAAAUUGGAGGUCAAGAUGAAUCUGACAGUGAGGGAGAUGGAGAUGCUCAGUUAGCCCAGAGACCUGUCCCUCAGGAUAAUGGAGAUGCUGCAGGCUCCUCGGUGCCAUCUGACAUGACUUCCAGCAACAGACGAAUAGCACGGCCUGGCAGUGCUCGCCCAGCACCUCCUCGAGUCAAGAGACAGGAGAGUUACACUGAUGUGAACUCAGCUGAGAGACUGUCAAGUGCCAAGCCCUCAGCACCUGUCAUCAUGGAAGGGAAGAAGCUAUCUGAGGAUGAGGAGGAUGAAGAUGAACAAUUUCUCGUGGAGGAGGCUGUCCCUCCGCCCUCAGAUGCUCCUGAGAUGGAGGUGGAUCGUCCACAAGAAAUAGACAGUGAAGAGAAACACGGUGGCCUUGUGAAAAAGAUCCUUGAAACCAAGAAAGACUAUGAAUUAUCGCCAUCUUCCUCCAAAUCUAAAGACCAGAACUUGGUCUCUGAAGCAGCGCGGAAGAAAGAGCAGGACAUGGUGACGAGGGAGAUUGAACGGCUGCGCUCAUCCAUCCAAACGGUGUGCCGCAGCUCCUUGCCUCUGGGUAAGAUCAUGGACUACAUCCAGGAAGACAUGGACGCCAUGCAGGCUGAACUGCACACCUGGCGACGGGAGAACAAGGAGCACGCACAGGCCUUGCUGCAAGAGCAGAGAGCGACAGACCGGGCAGUGGAGCCUCUCAAAGUUGAACUAGCUGAGCUGGAGCAGCUGAUCAAGGACCAGCAGGACAAGAUUUGUGCUGUGAGGUCCAACAUACUGAAGAAUGAAGAGAAGAUCCAGAAGAUGGUGACAGGAAUCAACUUCUCUUCCAGAACCUGAAGUGAGAAACAAGGUCCACAGAGAAAUACUUCUAAAAAUGCACUGAAGACAGUAUCUCCAUUCAGAAUAAUGGCAAGACCAUUUUCCUUGGAGAUAAUGUGGGAUGCGACCAAACAUUGCACUUUUAGGUUUUCCUGUCAGAACAGGAGAUAGUCCCAGACAUAGUCCUUCACAAACAGGGGGGGAUCAUCUGUCAUUUGUUGGUGAAUAAAAGCACCAUGCGAUGCUUUAGAGGUCUGACUCUAUUCUAACAUAAGUCGGUAAUAAAAUGUAUAAAGUGGAUGGUGAAGUUGGAGAUGUACCAGCUGCUAAGACUGACAGAUAAAUAAAUGAAUAAAUGAAAUUGAUCUUCCUGCUCUGUACACUAACCUAACCCCAUCCUUCACCCCUGUUCGGUAAUGGUGCCUUUGGAAUGAGCCAGUGCGCAGCUCAUGAUAGUUAGACUAGAUAGUUGUGUUUUAAUGCUUGAUUAUUCCACACACUCAGUUGUCAUGUAUUUUCUUGUUCUUUUAAGUAACUAGUAAUUAAAGAGUGUGGUAUACCUAACAUGAAAUUUCCCAGUUACGAAGACUUGUUACUGUUACUGUUGUACACAGGAGGAGCAGUUUGCAUGGAGUAAGAAGCAGGCUUGUGUUCUGGUUCAUUUGCUCUUUUCUAUAAUGAUUAUUACAUCUGCUGUAGUGCUAUUGGACUAGCUCCACAACAGCAAUUAAAUAUAAUUGCUGCACAUUCAAUUGGUUGAAAAUAGGAGGAAAGUUAGAAUACAUUAUCUUUGUCUUGCCUGGAAAAAUUUAGGAUUCAUGUGGAGGGUCCUGUGUGGCUUAGUGGACUGAUAUGGUUGUUACAUGACUGUGGUACCUUGGUCUGAAUUUGUCCAGGAACCUUUUUCUUUUCAUAAUGAUCUUUUGUUUUUCUUCCAAACCUUUGUUUUCAAGCUGCUUCCCUCCAGCUACUCUCCCUAACAAAGGGUUCCGUUUUCAGCAACCUUUUCCUUUGCUUACAACAACAACUUUAUCCCAUCUUGUAGAAACCAAUACUCACAGUCGACGUACAUGUUAUUUCAGUCACUCUUACAUUUUUGAAGCACCGUGGCACUUUGAUUAGAUUAGAGGAGGAACCUUAGGAUUUCUUAGAAAAGCUUUCUGGCAGCAAAGUAGUGUUAGAUUUUUUCUCGUAUACCUACCUUAUAAAACAUGACAUAGACACACUAAUUGAAUGUACUUUGAGGAACAAAAAAUCAUAGAUCCAUUCUCCGUGCAGUGAGCAUGCAGGAUAGCCACCAUCAUAGAGGUCCGUCCUCUUUAUUUGUACUGUAGAAUUUGCCAAACACAUAGUUUUUGGGGUUUGACAUACUGUUUGGUUAGAUGGCAAUUUUUGUGUGAACUUUCAAAUCUUUAUAAAUUUUAAAAAAUAUAUAUUAUUUUACAAGUUUAUUUUGUGGCUUAAAAAAUUUGCUUUAUACAUGUAGCUAAUAUGAAAAUAUGAAGCAAUACGAGGCUGAUAAUUGCAUUAGCAGAGAGUGAAAGUAGCCAUUGUCCUAGUUUUCCUCAAAACUCAGAGAAUGGAAACAUCUCAGUGUUUUGUGAAUGAAAGAAUGAAACACAAAUACAAAUGUUUCCGUCCAUAGUGGCCUAUCUCACCCUGAAUGAAAAUGCAGUUACCAUAUUUAAGUAACAGUACAAAUGUCAUUUUACAUUGUUGUUAAUACUUGUACACAUGCAGUUGCUACCUCUGUUAGUUCUACUGCAGAAUUGCCUCCCAGAGGAUCCAGACUGCCAGUGUUUAUAAUUUAAAAAAACAAACACUUCCUGUGACAUCCUGGUUGGAUUGAUGAAUGUAAUCAACUUUUUUUUUUUUUUUCAAUAAUGAUCAGCGAUUGCAGUUAUCAAAACCAGUUACAUUUGUUUGGAUGUGAAGUGAUGAUCAAACAUACUGUGCCGUGACUGCUCUCUUCUCUGCAUAGACCACCAAAAUAUUUACUUUCUGCCCAGACUGAUGUUUCCACUUCCAUUGCCUCAUCAAAUCAAUGGAUUAUCAAUAGAAUAGAUGACACAACAUCUGUGCUAAGAACAUGAGUUAGCUAUGUGAUACUAGUAAUGUCAUGGCUUGGUAUAUUUAAGGGAAAAACAAUUUGUAAAUGGAUCGUAAAAACCUUAUUCAUUUUUGACAACAAUGAAAAGAUAAAGCUAGAUAUGGUGCGUAGUACAAACAGCCAGUAGUCUGAAAUGUAGGAAAAUUCUAACUGGAAAAAGUUGUCAUUUUAGACUGUUGGUGGGAAUUAGUGGUUACAGGAAAAAAUAUAACUUACUCAAAUAUCUUUAAAAAGGGACGGACUGGAUUUCUUCAGUGGGAAAUAUCUUCAUUAAUGCUAUUCAUUUGAGAGCUAUUCACUGUAAGGGUUCAACAGUCAAAAUGUACUUUCAUUUAGUCUGAUUUUACUCCAUGUUCAUAUCAGUAUUAUAUUUAGUCUGUCACAUAUAAACAAAGAACAUUAACCUGUUGAAAGAAUUCAAAAAUGUUACAAGCAAAACUCAUGGAAAAUAUGUUCAAAUGUUAUAUGAAAGGAUUAUUUUCACUGUACACUACUUGUAUCAUAUCCUCACUUUCUCUUUAAACUGUACAUUAUGUAUAUGUGGAAACUGUAUCAUAGUUCAAAUAAUUAUAUAAUUUUGUAGUGGAGUGAA